AGUGUGGGUUGGGGGUAGGUCUGAAAACGUCAAAUGAUUGGCACCAAUUGUAAGAUGACUUUCUAACCACGUCAGUUUUUUUAUCUUGUGAGAAGUAAACUUUCUCAUGUCUGUUUUUCUGCGAACUAACUUCGCCACUUGCUGCAAUUUCAACUCUUUGGAGACUUUUGCUCCUGUAGUCGUCUUGUCUUCUCAUCGGUUGCUUUCUAUUUAUAUUUUUUGGGAGCUGUGCUUAAGUGCCAGCUGGUGGACUUUUGUAAUGCUUCGUUCUUGAUCAAGUUAACUUUAACAUCACAACCAGAUGAAGGUAUUUUGUUUUGCUUUCUCUGUUAGAUGUUGAAUGCUGGCAGUAGUGGUUCUGUUACAUUUUGCAAAAUGAGUGUGUUGAUUUAAAAUGUUUUAAGAGCCAAGUCUUUGCUAUAAUUAUGCAGGUAUUUUUGUUUAUCUGCUUAUCUAUAUGAAAUACAUAGUCAGCAUGGACUGUUGAGAGUAAAAUGCGUGCCAGGUCUGAAACGUGUAUGUGAACAGUGCUUCCAGGAGAGUAUAGACAUAUGGCUACUCAGUUUGUUAUUUCAAAUGUGUCUUUAACUCUUUUGCCCCCAGCAUCACGGUUGCUUUCUCUGAGCAUAGGAACUGCAUUUAACAUGGCUGUGGGGGUUUUCAGGAGGUAGAUUCAUGCGGUUUCUAAAGAUUAGGGUCAGUCUGUUGCUUUGGGAGCUGAUCUAUCUUAAAAUACAUCAUUAUGAGGCUGAUCUUGAGGUUUUGUUUCAAAUUUGUAUUUUUGUCUUCAAAAUACCUCUAGUCUUUAGUUUCUAAAUUAGUCAAACAUCUGGGCAAACAUGUAGGUAUAUUCCUUAGGGGAUUGUAGUGCACUGCUUAGAUCACGGGGCUGUCUUGUUUAUGUUAGCAAAGGAGAUAGAUCCUUCAGUACUUUUCUUGCUUGGAGUGGAAGGGGAAUAGCCAACUGAGAUCAUGCCGAAGAAGGGCACCAAAACCUCUACAGCAGCCCAAGGGAAGGGCACAGGACCCUCGGAGGAGUCUACCAGUGACAUGGAAGUGGAAAAUGAAGGUGACAGACAGCUUGGUGAGGCACCUCCACAAGCAGUCUCGGAUGAGGUGCUUGAUAAUCGAAGUUUAGAAGAGAUUUUGGGUAGCAUCCCUCCUCCCCCACCUCCAGCCAUGACCAAUGAACCUGGUGCUCCUCGUCUCAUGAUAACUCACAUUGUAAACCAGAACUUCAAAUCCUAUGCAGGGGAGCAAACUUUGGGACCUUUUCAUAAGCGUUUUUCAUGUAUUAUUGGGCCAAAUGGCAGUGGGAAAUCCAAUGUCAUUGAUUCGAUGCUUUUUGUGUUUGGGUAUCGAGCACAAAAAAUCAGAUCCAAAAAACUCUCUGUGCUGAUCCAUAAUUCUGACGAGCAUAAGGACAUCCAGAGUUGUUCUGUGGAAGUCCACUUCCAAAAGAUCAUUGACAAGGAAGGAGAUGAUUACGAAGUCAUUCCUAACAGCAAAUUUUGUGUGUCCAGAACUGCUUAUAGAGAUAAUUCUUCUGUCUACCACAUCAAUGGAAAGAAAACAACAUUCAAAGAUGUUGGUAUUCUUCUUCGAAGCCAUGGAAUUGAUCUGGACCAUAACAGGUUCUUAAUUUUACAGGGGGAAGUUGAGCAGAUCGCCAUGAUGAAACCCAAAGGCCAGACAGAACACGAUGAAGGAAUGCUGGAAUACUUGGAAGACUUGAUAGGAUCUGCACGCCUAAAAGAGCCUAUCAAAGCUCUGUGUCGCAGAGUAGAGGUUUUAAAUGAUCAAAGAGGAGAAAAGUUAAAUAGAGUUAAAAUGGUGGAAAAAGAAAAGGAUGCCUUGGAAGCAGACAAGAAUAAAGCCAUGGAAUUUCUGUGUUUGGAAAACAAAAUGUUUAAAGAGAAGAAUCGGAUCUGUCAAUACUACAUCUAUGACCUAAAGAAACGAGUAAGUGAUUUAGAAACGCAGAAAGAAAAAGUCAAUGAAGAAACAAAAGAUGUUAAUGAGAAGAGUAGCAAACUUGCAGAUGAGAUGAAAACCAAGAACAAAGCUUUGAAAGAACUUGAAAAGAAACUCAACAAAAUUACAGCGUUCAUAGAGGAAAAUAAAGAAAAAUUUAGUCAGUUGGAUUUGCAGGAUGUGAAAGUAAGGGAAAGGCUAAAACAUGCCAAAAGCAAGGCUAAAAAACUGGAGAAGCAACUUCAAAAGGACAAAGAAAAGGUAGAAGAACUGAAAAAUGUACCUUCCAAUAGUGAAAAAGCUAUCAGCGAAGCAACGUCUAAGAAAGAGCAUCUUGAGAAGGCAAAAGAGAAAGAAGAAGACAAACUCAAGCAGGUCAUGGAUAGCCUGAAGGAAGAAACACAAGGACUUCAAGAAGAGAAAGAGAGCAAAGAGAAGGAGCUCAUGGAGUUGAGUAAAGCAGUGAACGAGGCACGUUCCAAGAUGGAUGUGGCGCAGUCCGAGCUCGAUCUCUACCUCAGCUGCCACAAUACUGCCCUGGCCCAGUUACAGCAGGCAAAGGAGGCUCUCACCACGACUUCAGAAACUCUGAAGGAAAGGAAAGCUGCCAUCAAAGAUAUAGAAAGAAAACUGCCCCAAGCCGAACGGGACUUGAAGGAGAAAGAGAAUAAGCUUGAGAAGCUGGGAAGAGAAGAACUGGGUGCUAAGGAUCUUGUUCGAAAUCUACGUCAGAAAGUAGAAGAAGCCAAAAGUUCUUUAGCACAAAGUCGCAGUCGAGGAAAAGUGCUUGAGGCUCUGCUUCAGCAGAAGAAAUCUGGCAAUAUUCAUGGACUCUAUGGAAGACUGGGAGACUUGGGAGCCAUCGAUGAGAAGUACGAUGUUGCCAUUUCCUCCUGCUGCGGAGCCUUGGACAACAUUGUUGUUGAUACAAUUGACACCGCCCAGCGCUGCGUCAGCUUCCUGAAGGCCUCAGGAGUUGGAGUUGCCACCUUCAUAGCUCUGGACAAAAUGACUGUAUGGGAAAAAAAAAUGCAAAAGAUCCCAACUCCUGAAAAUACCCCUCGGUUGUUUGACCUGGUGAAAGUGGAGGACGAGAAGGUUCGCCUGGCCUUUUACUUCGCCUUGCGGGACACCCUGGUCGCCAGCAACUUGGAAGAAGCUACCAGAGUAGCUUUCCAAAAAGAGAAAAGGUGGAGGGUGGUGACACUGCGAGGACAAAUCAUUGAACAGUCAGGAACAAUGACUGGUGGUGGAGGUAAAGUCAUGAAGGGCAGGAUGGGUUCCUCAGUCAUUGUGGAUAUUUCAGAAGAAGAGGUCAAUAAAAUGGAAUCUCAGCUGCAGAAGGAUUCCAAAAGGGCAACACAAUAUGGAGAAGAGAAACUACAACUUGAAGAAGCCGUAAGAAAAUUGCGCCAAGAUCUCAGGGAAAUGAGAAAUACUCUAGAAAAGUACACAGCAAGUAUGCAGAGUUUAUCUGAACAAGAAAUUAAUCUAAGAAACCAAGUUAAGGAACUUGAAGCAAAUGUAAUUGCUGCUGCUCCAGACAAGAACAAACAGAAGGAACUGGAAAAAAUACUUAAUAGUUAUAAAAAAGAGUACGAUGGCGUCGCGGAGAAAGCUGGCAAGAUGGAGAAGGAAGUUAAACGGUUACACAACCUCAUCCUCGAGAUCAAUAAUCAUAAACUCAGAGCACAGCAAGACAAACUGGACAAGAUCAACAAAGAAAUAGAUGAGUGUGCUUCAGCUAUUACUAAAGCCCAAGUGGCAGUCAAGACUGCAGACAGAAACCUGAAAAAGUCUGAAGAGUCUGUUCUUCGCACAGAGAAGGAGAUUAAAGAUAAUGAGAAAGAAAUGAAAGACUUAACAGAAGAACUGACUACACUAGAAGACAAAGCUACCAAGGUUAUAAAUGACUGCAAACAAGCUGAAGAAGCAUUGCCAGCAGUUCAGGAGGAGCAUCGUGGGUUACUCAAGGAGAUUCAAAUUAUUCAGGAUGAUGAACAUGCACUUCAAAAGGAAGCUCUUAAUAUUAAGCUGAAAAUAGAACAAAUUGAUAGCCAUAUUUCUGCACACCAGUCAAAGAUCAAAUACUGGCAAAAAGAGAUAUCCAAAUUGUCACUGCACGCCAUAGAUGACAAACCUCCUGAAGAAAUGCCAGUGCUGAGUGAGGAGGAGCUUGAGGCUGUCCAGGAUCCCAACGUGAUCACUAAUCAGAUCGCUCUCCUGGAAGCCCAGUGUCACGACAUGAAACCCAACCUGGGAGCUAUUGCGGAAUACAAGAAGAAGGAAGAGCUGUACUUGAAACGUGUGGGUGAACUGGAUGAAAUUACCAACAUGAGAGACAACUUCAGACAAGCUUUUGAAGAUCUUAGGAAACAAAGGCUAAAUGAAUUUAUGGCAGGAUUUAAUGUCAUAACAAAUAAACUGAAGGAAAACUACCAGAUGCUGACUUUGGGAGGGGAUGCUGAAUUAGAACUUGUGGACAGCCUGGAUCCCUUCUCUGAGGGAAUCGUAUUUAGUGUUCGGCCUCCAAAGAAAAGUUGGAAGAAGAUAUUCAACUUAUCAGGAGGAGAGAAGACACUUAGUUCACUGGCACUAGUUUUUGCUCUUCAUCAUUACAAGCCCACGCCACUUUAUUUCAUGGAUGAGAUUGAUGCAGCACUUGACUUCAAAAACGUGUCUAUUGUAGCCUUUUACAUUUAUGAGCAAACAAAAAAUGCACAAUUCAUCAUCAUCUCGUUGCGAAACAACAUGUUUGAGAUUGCAGACAGAUUAAUUGGGAUUUACAAGACACACAACGUCACAAAGAGUGUGGCAACAAACCCCAAAGUUAUUGCCUCCAAAGCACUGCUUGAACUCAGCGCUGUUGGGGGUGAAGCUCAAAAAUAAGACG